AUGGCUCGCCUGACCGAAUCACCCGCGCCGCCGAACGGCACACAAUCCGUCAAGAUGUCGCAGGCCACCUUGAGGAAUGGUGCCCUUAACUUCCUGUCUUCCCCCGCCAGACCCUCCGGCUCGCAGUCGCCGCACCCGAGCAAGCGCGUCAAGAGCCUCGCCGCCACCGGAACCCCUCGAUCCGAUGCGUCGCGAUCCCACUCUCCACCCUCCCAACGACUGUCCCCGCAAAUUCCCGUCAGCCCUUCACCGCGUAAGGCCUUGAGCGACACCGCCGGCGACGACUUGGAUGCUGCUGAUCGCAGCACUCCCGCCGACACCGUCUCUGCCGCUGCUGCCGAGGAGCCUGCAGACGCCGCCACGCCCCCGGGACUGGUCACAGCCAAGGGCGCAACUCCCGAUGUGGAAAGGACCUCGUCUACGCCGGAACCCAACGCACAGCGUCCUGGGACUAGCGUGCUUUCGUCUGUUCGGAAGACGUUCCACUCUGCUGUCAAUAACCUCACCGGACAGCGCACCGGCACUACGACCAUCACUUCAACAUUCGAGCAGACAGUUGUCAGCCGCAAGCGCAGCAGAGAGCCCGAGGCUGAUGAGACGCCUGCCCCUGGUGACAAAGAGAUCGAGAACAACAUUGAUGCUGCCAAUGGAACCGAAGGCAACGAUACUACAAUCCAGCUUGGUAAUCAGUUCGAGUCAGAGGUUGCGGCAGAGGGAGUCCGCGCCAAGAGCCCCGUGAAAGAGGCCGUUCAAGGUAAUAAGAAUCCUGUCUUAUCUGAAGUACAACAUUGA